UUGUUUGUUUUCAAUUCCUUUUCAACAACCGUUUCUUGAUUUUUUUUUGAACAAAAUGCUUGUUUCCUAUCAAAAAUCGAUCAUUUUCUUUGGUGUUUAUUCAUUGUUCGUAUUCGACCUGAUUGAUUGUGGUCGUAAAAAAUCAACUACCAACAGUAAAAAUAAAGAUCAAAAUAUUGAAGAUAAAUGUUUGGAUGAUGUAAAAGAAAAAUUUGAUAUAAAUGUUGCAAAAUUAAUGAGUUUAGGUAGGAAUGGUCGUCGUUGGCCUGAAACUGAAUCUGAACAUGAUUCAUAUUGUGCUGAAACAAAACGCCUGAAUCAACAUUUAGAUGAUUAUAAAACAACAUGUUCAUCAGGGCCAUCAAAAGAAUUUGCAUCGAUCAUACUGUUUUCAUUACGUCGUGUAACCCGGCAAUAUUGUCGAAAAACCCAUACAAAUCAACGUAGACAUAAAAAAUUAUUUGCAAUGUAUAAAUGUUCAAAUCAAUUAUCAAAUCAAACUGGUAAAUGUUUGGAAGAUUAUAUCGAUACAUUAUUAUCAACAGUAAAACUAUCGACUAUUCAACAAAAAAUUCCAUAUACAUGUUGUAAUUAUUUUGAAUUAUUAAAAUGUACGGAUGAUGUAUUUCAUUCUGAUCAAAAAUGUGCUGAUUCAUCUGAAACAUUUCAAGAAUUUGUACGAACCAUUUUUGAUGAUAUAAUUAAUGUUGCCUGUGGUGAUUAUUUAGAAUUUAGUGAUAAAUGUCAACAAUUACCAUUAUUAACCAAACCAUCAUUAUUAAAGAAUAAAAAAAGACCAAAAUCAAUAUUAAUACCAUUGAUUGAAAUUUGGGAUCAAUCGGCAAAUUGAAAUACAUUUUCUGGUUUUUCUGGUUUUCUGGUCUUUCGGGUUUGACAAUGGCUUCGUGGUUCUUCUGAUGGUCAUCAUCAUUAUUAUUAAUAUUUCACUGACGUCAUCAUCAUCCGC